GUGAUAUAGUAAAAAUAGUUUUUAUUUUAUAAGUUGACGAAUCAAGCAAAAAUUAUUCAUACUUCGUAUGAAUACAAAGCGCAACAACAACAAAAAGAGAAAAUCAUAUUGUCUGUUGGCAAUUGCAUUCCAUGCAAAAAUACACAAACGUGAAAGGCGCAAUAAAUAAUAAAAAUAAAUUAUUACACAUAAACAAAAAAUAGACUAGAAACGCAGGUCUACGUACGACAUUGUAUUCAGUGGCUAUUACACUGCAUGUGGAGUCCAACGCUGCUGCUGCUGAUUUUGUUGUAGUUGUUGGAGUUAUCAAUGUAGUUUGGUUUGCAUGAGCAUCAGUUAACCAAAAUAUGUUUAAUUUUAUGAAAAAAGGCGUGUCUGUCGGUAGCGGGAGCGCCAGUGAUCGUGAUAAGGCCGAGCGCGAGGAGAAGGAAAAACGUAAACGUGAGAAAAAACUACGCAAAGAGGCUAAAAAUGCUGCGGGGGGUAGCAUGAGUACAGAGGAGCUAUUACGUUUAGAUGAGGUGCGUCGAUCCCUAAAAAUUCGUGGACGUCGCAAAGAGAAGGAAAAGUUACCAAGCGGUAUAACUGCAGAUUAUACUGCAGACUUUUUUGCUGCUUUAAAUGCGGACACAUCUGGUGCUGGCAAUGGUAGCGGAACUGAUUAUGAAUUAGAUCGUGGUAAUGAAGAAAUUGUGGCAUCUGUGAUGACAACUAUUGAAAGCCGACAAAACGGUGCAAAUUCUGGUGGCUUAGCACAUUCCAUGUCAGGUGGCAAUUCAAAGUAUCGGAUUUUGCCGCCUGUUCCUCCUAAACCGCCUAAACGUGGCAUAUUAAAGGGUUCGCGUAGUAAUAUAACAAAUAUACAUGAAGAAAUAACAGUCGCAUCGCCCGAGGCCCAAAUGUUGGUAAUGCGAAAUACUAUGCAAAAUGAGCAACUAUUUAUAGGUGGUGGUAUAUAUAAUGCUGGUAGAGCUGGUUCUAUUGGUUCUGCUUCAAGUCAACAGGGUGCUACUUCCUUCACAUCUGUCGAAAGUUUACGUAGUGAUGAAGGUAUUCCACAGCGUGCUAUGACAUUGCCUGCGAGUGCACGAUAUAUAAAUCAAAUGCAAUCACCACAUGGAAAUUUACAUGUUCUAACAUCACCUUCACCAAGCGCUGAUAGUCUUACAGAUACCACAAAUUCUUCAUUUGCCACACCGCCAUUUUCAUUAAGUCCGAUCGGUGAAUCACAGGGUAUUGACCGCUGGUCGCGUGUGCAUAAUUUUGAAGAUGUAGAUUUACCACUGCCAGCCAUUAAAUUGGUACAACUACCACAAGCACGUGAAUUGGUUAUAAGACGACAAAAAUCACCAAGACAAGAUUUUGGUUUUAGUCUGCGUAAAGCUAUAUGCUUGGAUCGUUCUGAGUCGCUAACAUCACCUGUCUUUAAACCAGUUAUUUUUGCUGAACCUGGUGCGGGUGGUGGCGCAACCGGCUUGCUACCAGGUGAUCGUUUACUUAAAGUGAAUGGCACUUCAGUUGCCGACUUAUCACGUGAGAUUAUUAUUGAAAUGAUUAGAAAUAGUGGUGAUUCAGUUACAGUAGAGGUGCAACCUGUUUCUGAAUUGGUCGAAUUAAGUCGUCGUUGUAUGCCACCAACCGAUAAUAAAGAUGAUGAAGUAGAUCAAGCUGUUGUAGCGGACAAUUGUAAUACUUUAAAACGAAGUGCGAGUAAACGAUUUAAACAACAUUCUCGGAGUGUUAAUCAGCAAAGCGAACUAAACAAUUCUAAUGAGAAUGCCGACUCCGCUAUGACGAAUGGAAAUGGGGAACAUGUUUGGCUGGUACAUCGAGGUGGUUUCUGUGCAGCUUUACGUUUACCACAAACUAAAGCCCACAUGGAAAAUCAUAAGGUGAUUGUGCAAUUGUUGCACAACGGCGAGGAAAUGACCGUCGAUGAGGAUGAUAUCGAAAAGCAGAAUUUAGCCACAUUAGACCUGAUUGAAGACAUAUGCGAAUUGAAACAUUUAAAUGAGGCGUCUGUUUUACACUGUCUUCGUCAGCGUUUCGCUAGCAAUCUAAUACAUACAAAAGCUGGGCCAACAUUAAUGGUGGUUAAUCCAAUGGCACCAUUAUCGCUCUACUCGGAAAAGGUUGUUUCAAUGUUUCGCGGUUGUAAAACUGAGGAUAUGCCUCCGCAUAUCUACUCUUUGGCGCAAACGGCCUACAGAAGCAUGUUGGAGACACGUCGUGAUCAAAGUCUUAUAUUUAUGGGACGUUCUGGUUCGGGCAAGACGACAAGUUUUAAACACGCUCUCUACUAUUUGGCGUUGGCAGCUGGUUCCUAUAACAACUUUUUAAAUGCGGAGAAAGUGAAUGCAAUUAAUGUUGUAAUCGAAGCAUUUGGCAAUACUAAAACAGUGUUGAACUCAAAUGCGACACGUUUAACACAACUUUUAAGCCUAGACUUUGAUCAAACAGGCCAAAUUGCUUCCGCUUCAGUACAGAUUUUAUUACCAGAACGACAACGGGCUGGACGACGUUUACCCAAUGAACAUAGUUUUCAUAUAAUGACUCGUUUACUAGCUGGUGCUGAAGGUUUGUUACAAAAGGAACUACAUUUAGAUAAUAUAUCUUCUGAAGACAAUCAUCCAUUUGUGUCGUUAUCACAAAAACUUGACGAGCGACACCGUGCAGCAGCUGAAUUUAUGCGAACAGGCCAAGCUUUUGAGACGCUAAAUAUUGAUUCUAAGGCAGUACGAGGUGUUUGGAGUAUAUUGGCAGCUAUAUACCAUUUGGGACUGGCAGGGGUGACGAAACUUGGUACAGGUACUAAUGCUCGCACCCAAUUUGCAAAUCCCUCAGCAGCACGUAGAGCUGCAGGUUUAUUGGGUGUAUCAAUGGAAGAUUUAACAUCGGCAGCUUUUAAUUUAAACAAUACUACAAGUAGUAAUACUAGUCCUUCAAAAUCUCCUACAGACAACAAUGAACAAGCUUGGGAAUGUCUUGAGAGUUUAGCUAUUGGUCUCUAUUCAGAAGCACUAGCAGCUGUAAUUGCGCUUGUUAACAAAGCUAUAUGUACCUCAGCGCAUACAAUUGCUUCCAUAAUGUUAGUUGAUACACCAGGUUUUCAAAACCCAGCAAGUUGUGGUUUACAGUCAGGUGCGACAUUAUCUGAUUUACGUCACAAUUAUUUACAAGAACGUCUGCAAUUACUCUUUCAUCAUACAACAUUGGUAGCGCCUAGAGAUCGCUAUGCACAAGAACUUGUUGAAAUAGAUACAGAAGGAAUGCCAGAAUCAAAUCCUGGUCCACUAGUAUCACUUAUUGAUAAAGCGCCGCAGAACCAUGUUGUGCGCUCAUCACAACGUGAUUUACGGGAACAUGAUAGACGCGGUUUAUUAUGGUUACUCGAUGAAGAGUCUAUGUAUCCUAAUUCCAACGAUGACACAUUCCUCGAACGUCUUUUUUCCCAUUAUGGCGAUCGCGAACACCAAUGUAUUUUACGUAAAUGUACAGGACCAAAACAAUUUGUAUUGCAACAUUUGCAGGGUACCAAUCCUGUAUUAUAUACAGUUAAUGGCUGGGUACGUAAUAGUCGUGAACAUCCAUCGAUUCGUAAUGCUGUAUCAUUGUUGCAAGAUAGCUCAAGAGAAGAAAUUAGUCGUCUUUAUAUUGGUUCAUUGACUCGCGGUGCUGGUGGUACGGUAUUUUGUGGUUCAUUUGCAGGACUUGAAGGUACUCAAUCACUGAGACGUGUAUCAAGUAUACGACGUUCAUUUACUUCGGCUGGUGUCAAACGUAAUUCCAUUAUGUUACAAGUUAAAUUUACGGUGGAUGGCAUUAUUGAUACUUUGAGACGUACCGGUACACACUUUGUGCACUGCUAUCUAUUGCAACACAAUGCAGGGCAACACAAUAGCUAUUCAGUUAGUGGUUCACCUAAUACUACGGUACAACAAAUGAAUUGUGAAGAAAUAGUAAAUAUACCGUUAGUGCGAAGCCAGGUACGUGGUUCUCAAAUACUUGAAGCAGCACGUCUUCAUCGCUUAGGUUUUCCUGAAUCAGUUCCUUUAGCAGAAUUUGUACGUCGUUUUGGGUUACUCGCAGGAGAUGCUCAAAGUAAAGAUAUCACUGUAGAACAAAUUUUAGCAGCUAAUGAAAUCGAUACAGCAAUAUAUCGUAUUGGACCUAGUCAAAUUUUAUUCCGUUCGGGAGUCUUAAAUGAGCUGGAAGCAAAACGUGAUGAGCUGCUAUCAGAUCGCAUCAUACAAUUGCAGGCAUAUUGCCGCGGCUAUUUGGCUCGCAAGCAACUAUCUCGUCGUCGUGUACAGGAAUUGGCAGUGCGAUGCAUACAGCGUAAUGUCAAAGCUUUUAUGGCCGUAAGGGAUUGGCCAUGGUGGCGCCUUUUGGUACGAGUAACUCCUUUACUUAACGUACACCGCACAGAGGAGCAAUUGAAAUUAGCUAACGAAGAGUUGAUCACAUUGAAAACCAAAUUGGAAAAAAUUGAAAAUGAUCGCAAUGAACUUAAGACUGAAAAUCAGAAAUUGGAGUCAAAGUUAUCUGAAAUGGCAGUUGACUUAGCCGAAGAACGUUCGACAGCGAAUAUGGCUACAGAGCGCCUAGAAGCUGAGACUGCUGAACGUUUGAAACUUGAAAAGGAGCUUGCCGAACAGCAAAAUAAAGUAAAGAAUCUACAAGAAACAAGUGAGAAACUAGAAAUAGAAUUAAUUUGUGCGAAGUCCGAUCUAAAUGGUAUAUCUGAGGAUGAAGAUGCAGAAAAUGAAGAGAAUGGUAGUACUGGUAACAGUGUUUAUAAGCUGAAGUAUGAACGAGUGGCACGUGAAUUGGAAUUCACUAAACGACGUUUACAGACACAGCACGAACAUGAUUUGGAACAGCUUGUCGGUCUCAAAAAACAAUUGGAAAAAAAGCUUGCAGACGCAUAUGAGGAAGUUGAAGAACAACGGCAAGUAGUGGGACAGUGGAAGCGUAAGGCUCAAAAAAUGACCAAUGAAAUGAAUGAUUUGCGCAUGCUCUUGGAGGAACAAAAUGCACGAAACAAUUUACUUGAAAAGAAACAACGUAAAUUUGAUGCUGAAUGUCAAUCGUUACAAGAUGGUGCACGACAGGAACGUCAAGCUCGAGAUCGCCUAUCAAGAGAAAAAGAUGUACUUAUUGCUGAGAAAUUUACGUUGGAUCAAACAUUAGCGGACACUCGUCUUGAGCUUGAUCUCAAGGAAGAGAAGUUGGCUUCGCUUCAGCGUGAACUUGAAGAAAUGACUUUUGGUGGCAGCACUGAAGAAGAAAUAGCUCAAUUGCGUCGCUCCAAAAAUGAAUUGGAUCGACGUGUUAAGGAGCAGGAAGAAGAGCUAGAUGAAAUGGCUGGACAGGUACAAUUACUAGAACAGGCGAAAUUGCGUUUAGAAAUGUCACUGGAGACUAUGCGCAAAGAAGCACGUCGCGAAGCUCAACAACGUGAUGAUGAAUUAGAAGAAGCUCGUGGUAGUGCAUACAAAAAAAUGAAAGCUUUGGAAUGUCAAUUGGAAACUGAACAUGAAGAGCGUACUUUAUUGUUACGUGAAAAACAUGAACUGGAACGUCGUUUAUCUUCUAUGGAGGAUCAGGAUCGUCUCGAUCGUCAAGCUGAGGAAGCUAGUAAUCAAAAAUUGCGGCGUGAUUUGCGUAAAUAUAAAGCAUUGCUUAAAGAUGCACAAGCGCAAUUGGAUCGUCUUAAAGCUGAAACUUCUGGUAAAGUGCUCAUACGUCAGCUACGUAAUCAGUUAGAAGAUGCUGAAUCAGCGCGCACGCUUGCUAUGAAAGCACGUCAAACAGCUGAAGCUGAAUUGGCUGAAGUACAAGCUAUGUUUGAUGAGUCACAUCGAGCACGCAAUGAAGCUGAAGAUCGUGCAAAUUCAGCACAUCGUGAUCGUGCUGAAUUGCAAGCUCAAAUUGAAGAGAACGAAGAAGAAUUAGCAGAACUAAUGAAGAAAUAUAGUGCAACUGUUAAACAAUUAAAUACGGAACAAGUAGCUGUAUCUGAAUAUGAGUUUAAAUUAUCAGAACUAGAGGCGGAACGUAAUAAUCUUAAGGAACAAGUUAAUGAAUUACAACAACGUUUGGAAAACGUUGAGAAUAUGUCAGAUCCUUCGGCUGCCAUGAUGUCGAAACGAUUGGAGCUACGAUCUAAAGAGCUAGAGUCUCGAUUAGAGCUUGAACAAGCCACAAGAGCACGCCUAGAAGUACAAGUAAAUCGUCAUAAAGAAGCAUUAGAAAAAGUACAAAAUGAAGUAACGCAGUCCAAAGUACGUGAAAUGCAAAAUCAAGAAGCUCUUAAAAAAUCCCAGAAGAGUUUAAGAGAAAUGCGUGAAGAAUUCCAUUUAGUAUCUGGACGUGAACAAGAAUCGAUAACGCGUCGCAAAGAUUUGGAAAAGAAAAUAGAACAAGUUGAAGCUGAGGCUUCAGCAUUACGAAAUGAUUUACGUCUAGCACUGCAGAGAAUAGCAGAUCUCCAGCAAGCUAUGGAAGAGGGUGACGAUGAUGUGAGCGAAAGUGAGGAUUCGCAAACUACAGAUGGUUCUAUCAGCGACUUAGAAGAUCGUUUACGGCCUGUACAAGUAAAACGUACUGCCAAUCAUACACGCAAUGGCGGAAGUGUGAUAAGCAGCACCACGACAUUAGUGCGAGAAAGAGAUGACACUAGUCCAAGGACAUUUUUGCGAAUGUUGAUUGGAAUAUACCGCAAGAUUUGUAGCUAUAUUGGUUUUGGAAAUUUUAGGACUGAAAAGCUCAAAGCAAACUGGUUUGAAAAUUUCCAUAUAAAAUCAUAUUUUAUAUUUUACAACAGUGGGAAGUGAAUCAAUUUUGAUAAUCAAAGAAUACGUUCGUUUUAAGUUAAAAUUUUUAAACAAAGUUUUUCUGUGUUUCUAUGAUUACUGGGAUUCAAAUUGACUCCAUCUGUAAUAUAAUAUCAUAGAUAAUUUAUUUUAUUUGAAACUUCUAAGCCGGGCUUUAUUACCGCAUCACUACUUUUGACGUUGAAGUGAAUAUGCUAGAGUGAACCUUUACUGAUUGCUAUUUUUUAUAUCAAUACCAGUUAUCAGAAAAGAAAUUGACAAUAUAUGACUAUUAACACUAAAAUUAAUCUGCACACCAGUAAAUAACGGACUAAGCUGUUCUUACCGCGGUGCCAAAAAGAAAUUCCCGUUAGCUGUUAUUAUCUCAUUCUUAAUGAGGGUAAACUUAAUAAGACUAUAGGCUGCUUAUAAAAGUGAAACAUGUUUAAAAUAUUACGGAAGCGCAUAACGAACGAAUAUAUUUUACAUUUAUAUAUUUUUGAAAUAGUUACUUUUAUUCAUAUUCAUUGGUGACAGCUUUUGCUAUUGUGUUCAUAUUUCUGUAUUUCAUUAUUAAGUAAUCGCUAUGGUUUAAAUAUAAAUGUGUUCAAACUCAUGGAAAAAACAUUUUUACAUUAUUUUGUGUUGUAAAACGAACGAAUCUUUGGCAAAUUUCACUAUAACUUAUAUGUCCAACCAAGUAAUAAUUCAAAGUUAUAUAUGAUA